AUGGAAGCUUUCAAAAUUAACGCUGCUGCAGUGACUCGUGAUUAUAUUGUUAAUCCUGUUCUUGAUUAUAGAACAGUGACUAGUGUUAAUGGACCAUUAGUUAUUCUUGAUAAUAUUAAAGGACCAAAAUAUAGUGAAAUUGUAAAUAUUAAAUUAGGAGAUGGAAGUGUCCGUAAAGGACAAGUUUUAGAAGUUACUGGCAAUAAAGCUGUUGUACAGGUUUUUGAAGGAACUUCAGGGAUUGAUGCACGUUAUACAAGAUGUGAAUUUACAGGAGAUGUUUUGACAAUUCCAGUUUCAGAAGAUAUGCUUGGUAGAGUUUUCAAUGGAUCUGGUAAACCAGUUGAUAAAGGACCUAAUGUUAUUGCAGAAGAUUAUCUUGAUAUUAAUGGACAACCAAUUAAUCCAGCAAAUAGAGUAUAUCCAGAAGAAAUGAUUCAAACAGGUAUUUCUGCUAUUGAUGUUAUGAAUUCUAUUGCUAGAGGACAAAAAAUACCAAUUUUCUCAGCUGCAGGAUUACCACAUAAUGAAAUUGCAGCUCAAAUUUGUAGACAAGCAGGUCUUGUUAAACACAAAGGACUUGGUGUUGUUGAUAAUCAUGAAGAUAAUUUUGCUAUUGUUUUUGCAGCUAUGGGAGUCAAUAUGGAAACAGCAAGAUUCUUUAGACAAGAUUUUGAAGAAAAUGGUUCUAUGGAAAGAGUUACAUUAUUCUUAAAUCUUGCUAAUCAUCCAACUAUUGAAAGAAUUGUUACACCUCGUCUUGCAUUAACUACUGCAGAAUAUUUUGCUUAUACAUGUGAUAUGCAUGUUCUUGUUAUUUUAACUGAUAUGUCAUCAUAUGCUGAUGCACUUCGUGAAGUUUCAGCUGCUAGAGAAGAAGUUCCAGGUCGUAGAGGAUAUCCAGGUUACAUGUA